AUGGACACUUCGUUACGCUUUGUCGAGAGGGACGAAUGGGAUGCGGAGCCGCCUUUGGAACCUCUAACAAAAAUGAAGCUGCCAGUGUCAUAUGUAAUUAUUAGUCACACUGUGACAGCAUUCUGUACCACGCUACCAGAGUGUGCAUUCCAAGUGAGAUUUGUUCAGUACACGCAUUUCAAAGAUAAAAGUUUUUCGGAUAUCGGCUAUAAUUUUCUCGUCGGAGGUGACGGCUUCGCAUAUGUUGGCAGAAAUUGGGACUACGUCGGUGCCCAUGCCUGCGGUUAUAACAACAGAAGCAUUGGCAUUUCCUUCAUCGGUAAUUUCAGUUCAGUUGUACCGCCGAAACUACAAUUACGUGCCGCGCAAAAGAUCAUAGAACUCGGCGUCAAAGCCGGAAAGAUCGCGCCUGACUAUAAACUGUUAGGUCACCGACAAGUUAGGAGCACUGAAAGUCCUGGAGAUGCCUUAUAUAACGAAAUUAUAAAAUGGCCUCAUUGGUCAUCCGAGCCUUGA